GCCCGAGACCACUGGUAACGCUGACUAAGACGCAGGCAGCGACAUAGUUUGUAUUCAAAAGCUGAACGUAUUAACGAUGAGCCCAAGAGGCAGGAGAGUUUCGUCAUGAACUCUACUGGGUCUUCAUCAGACAAGUAUUUUCAAUCAUUUAGCAAGUCAUAGAUGCGUUCUUCUCUCUGGUAUCAUCUAAUGAACAACUUUCAAUCUCGGAAAGAAACAUGGUGUCAUCCUGCAUGCUCUACUCCUCUUAACUGGCUUAACUCCAAGAUUGGGAUAUUGCAAGGUUUGAAAAAAGUUUUAACCAGUUUCUCAACAGCUGGUUCGUCAUCUCUGUGGCACAUUUCAACAAGAAGAAAAAGAAGAGAGGCUCCACGCAGGAGGUUGCAUGUGAUUAACCUGGAUGGAGCAAGCAGUUCCAGUGAGGAUGAAGCAAAGGUCCAGCCUGUUGAAAAACCCAUAAAACAAAAACAACAGACUGAACACAUCACGUUAAGCCCUGACAAAAUGUCCCGUGGAAUUAUGUCGGACUCUUCAGAUUCUGACCCUGAAUCAAGCCACCGUACAUCACUUCCAUCUCCUGCACCACGAGUCCCUCCCCACUGGAACAACAGCAGCCCAGACAACUCAGAUGAUAUUUUCAAUGUAGAUUAUUCAUCCCACAAUCACCAGGCUCUCAAGGGAGCAUACAAAGAACUUGUUACUGAAGGAGAGAGGAAUAAAACCAGGCAAUCCAUGUUGAUCCAGUCUGUUACUUCUGACAGUGAUGAUGAGUGUAGGAUUAUAGAUUAUUCUGCCACUCUAAAGACAAGACAGAAAAAGGAAGAUAUAAUUGAGGACCCACCCUCACCUACACUGUUUGAGAUAGACAAAAAUAACUCAAAUGAAGAAUCUUGCCGGACCACAAGAAGGACUAGAAAGAAGAGAAGAAUAACAGAUUUAGAGGGACUCACAAAGAGACAGAAAACAACCUUGGGUAGUCCAUAUAGUAAUGAUAGCUUCUUGAACAUAAGCAAUGAUAUUGUCAGUGAUAAUGAGGAGGAAGAGGAUGUCAACCCCGAGAUUAGACUUCGCAUCAAGUGGGACCAAGAGAGUUUUUGGUUGCCCAUCAGAAAACUGCAGAAGUUCUCACAUCUGUAUGAAUUGCUAGCAGAAAAAUAUGGUGUAACUACUGAUCAUGUAGUGCUAAAUUACAAUGACAAGAUCAUCAACCCUGCACUCUGUCCCGCUGACCUCAACUUAACCAUUGUGGACAUCAUAGAGGGGGGUGUAGGAUCCUAUACAAGUCAUCCACGAGCACUACAACCAAUCUCUCAAGAUGUAGACUCCAUAUCCUUACGAGUUCAAAAUUCCAAGAAGAAAGGUUCAGUCACCAUCAAUAUGAACCUCAAGGAGAAGAUGAGUGUGCUUAUGCACAAAUAUGCUGAGGAAAAACAGAUCAAGUUAGAUAAGCUUCAAUUUAUGUUUGAUGGGGAGUUGCUGUCUUCUAACAGUACUCCAACCAGUCUAGAUUUGGAAGGUGGAGAGUGUAUAGAUGUGUACGAAGUUAGCUAAAAUAAGGAGGGACUCCAAUUUACGAUUUAUUAUAUUUUUUCACCAUGUGAAUUACAUUAAAUAAUCAGGUUUUGUUAUGCAUCAAAUAAAGAUAUUUUGUUUUAA